CGGGUCCACUUUCCCGCCAGUUCCCUCUAUUCCGUUAAAAACCCCUGCAACUACACUCCCCAGAACAAAAACCCUCAAAAACAAAACGUGAAAACCAACCAAUCUAAAUAUAAUCGAGCAAGAAAACAUGGUGAAUCCAAUCUUCGAGCAAGCAAACAGGGCGAAUCCAAUCUUUCUAGGUAAUAUUAUCGAGCAAGAAAACAUGGCUAAUCCAAUCUUUCAAGGUGGAAGUAUGAGAAAACUGUUUCUUUUCUUAGCCAUUUUUUGUGUUUUAAUCUCUCUCAAGAACAAAAAUGGUAAGAUCGAGAAUGGCAAAUCAUCAUCAAUGGCCAGGAAUUGGUCAUCUUCUUCGUGGGAUUUGUAUCCUUCAAUAUUCUUGUCUGUGGAGUACGAAGAAAAAGGAGCCAAUCCUUAUCCAUCACUGGAGUAUGAUUUUUAUAGGGAUUCGUGCCCACAAGCAGAGAAAAUCAUACGAGAGGCGAUUCGGGAAAUUUGCAAAACCCAAUCCAAUGUGGCUCCGGCUCUCUUGAGGCUUGCUUUCCAUGAUUGUUUCAUUGAGGGUUGUGAUGCUUCAAUUCUAUUGGAUGCUGCUGACGGGUUAAAAUCUGAGAAAGAUUCAAUCCCCAAUCAAAGUGUUAAAGGAUUUGAUGUAAUUGACUCGAUCAAAUCUCAGCUUGAAGAAUUAUGCCCUGGAGUCGUCUCUUGUGCUGAUAUUAUAGUUUUAUCAGCCAGAGAAAGUGUUCUUCAGGCCGGUGGACCAUUCUAUCCAGUGUUCACAGGAAGAAGAGACAGUACUGAGUCAUUCCCAGACACAGCAACGAUGGAGCUUCCUUCACCACAAGCUUAUCUAUCUAAGAUCCUGUCAUCUUUUGCAGCAAAGGGUUUUGAUGAAAGAGAAACUGUCUGUCUCUUAGGUUCUCACAGCUUUGGGGUGAUCCACUGUAAAUUCUUCCAAGACCGUCUAUACAACUUUCGUGGGACAAACAAGCCUGAUCCUUCGCUUGAUCCUCAAUUCCUUAAUCAAAAGCGAUCAAUAUGCAACAACAGUACCCCAUCAGUGACAGCAGCGGCACCUCCUUCCUUUCGCACCUCAAUGUCAUCAUUACCAGCGCUUCCAGCUUACUUUGGUUGCAGGUUGGGCUCAAAAACUUCUUGUAUGGAAUCACCAUCACCAUCUCCAUCUUAUAAGAAGCCAGGAAGGACUGGCACAAUAUAUGCACCGUCAAAACCUUUUCAGGAUUUAAUGUCUUCCUCAGGAUCGCCAUCUACAACAGCAUCUGUUUCCUUUGAAGGCUCACUAUUGUCUUCUUCAGUUGAGGAGCCAGCAAUCAAUAUGGCCUAUGAGGGACCUGGAGUAAAUUUCGGCAGUGUGUACUACCGCAGUCUUCUGCAAGGUAAAGGAAUCCUAGUUGCUGAUCAGCAACUAAUGUAUGGGGAAGAAACUGAGACUUGGGUCAGAGCGUAUGCUUCGGAUGUUUUCUUGUUUCGCCGAGACUUUGCUCAUGCUAUGGUGAGGCUCUCAAAUCUCAAUGUCUUGACAGGUUCAGCUGGACAAGUCAGGCUCAAUUGUUCAAUGGUGGUGAAAGAAGAUUGAGUAGGAGAAGGAAAAUUGCAUUACUUGAAGAUUCUUUUCUUUAAUUUUGGAUUUUGAGGGAUGCAUAUCAGAUGUUAUACUUUGUAAAUUUAGUAUACAGAUUUGUUUGUUCAACAAAGGCUAUAAAUGAAACUGAAUGCUUCUG